AUCAUUAAAUUUCUUUUACAUUUCAAGUCUUGUCCUUAUCUUUUUGUUCACAAAAUAGGAUUUUUGGUGCACAUUUAGAAACUAGUACUCAUAGAAAGGAAUAGAUUUUGCUCCCAAAAUUUAGAUAUCGAACUAAUUCAGAUUUACUAAAAAUCUGCAUAACAGUAAAUAAGAGUAAAAGUUCUUAUGUUAUAAAGAAAAUAUCAAUAGAAACUUGUAAUGUAAUAGAGCAAAAGUCUCUGGUAGGUUACUCCAGACAAAUUUAUUGGAUGAUAAAACCCGAAGGAGUAUGACAUAAAAAAGUAAAAACCAUUGUUCUCACCCUAGUGGAUACACUACAUUUUUCAUUUUACGACACUCCUAAACUUUAGGGUAUAAUUGAGUCUUCUCUUAGAGCUGGCAACCCACAGAGUACGAUAGGGUUUGGACUUUAUCGUAAUUUUACUAGCGAGUUGAAAACUUUUUUAAAAUUCUACCAUAUCCUACCUGCGGGUUGAGAAUCUCUCAAUCCUAACCCUAACCGCACCCUAAAGUUCUAAAUCCUAUUUUACCCGAUUCUACCCACAAAAAAAUAAAAAAUUUUUAAACAAACAUAAAAUUCAACCAUUCCAAAUUUCAUACAUAUUAAUAAAAUAGAAAAUAAAAAACUAAGUUCAAAUUAAAAUUAAAAACAAUAAAAUCUUAAAAAAAUCCAACAUAAAAUUAAAAAUAAUAUGAUCAUCAAUUAGUUUAGUGGUUAUUUCAAAUUUUUACAAAAAGAAGAUUGUGAGUUCAAUAGUCACUUUUUUCACUAUAUACAUAAUUUUUACAUAUAUAUUAUAUAAUAUAUUAAGGGUGCGGCUAAGAUAAGAUAGAGUAUAUAUUGAACCCGUACCCUACCCUAUCCGCAGGCAAAUUCGCACUGUACCCUACCCUACCCGAAACGGGUCGAGUAGACAACCCUACCCGAAUGGGUUGGUCCGGAUUGAGUACCCGCGGUAGGGUAUAUAUUGCCAGCCCUAUUUUCUCACUCUCGUAGGUGAAAACACACUGCAUUUCCUUUUACGUUACUCCUCUUGGUUGCAAAAAUAAUGUUUUCAUUGUUCUCAUCCUCACCAGUCAAAUUAAGGUAUGCUCUUCAAAUGCCAAAGCUCUUUCCUUAUUCUGUUCCCCAUUCCACUCUCCGUCUUUGCUUCCCUUCAACAUCAUCCCUACACUCUCACUCUCAUCCCCAAUCACUUGAUGAAGCUGUUGAUUCCUUCACUCGCAUGCUCUCUAUGCGUCCUCCUCCAUCCAUCAUCCAAUUCACCAAGAUUUUGGGAUCUCUUGCCAAGACCAACCAUUUCCCCACCGCCAUUUCCCUUUUUCAGCAAUUGCAAGCCAGGGGAAUCACUCCCAACUUAUUUACUUUGAGCAUAGUAAUUAAUUGUUGUUGCGGCAUGGGUCGUAUGGCGCUUGCUUUCUCUGUACUGGCCAAGGUUUUUAGGAUGGGUUUUCAGCCUGAUACGGUAACAUUGAAUACACUCAUUAAAGGUCUCUGUCUCGGUGGUAAGGUUGAAAAAGCACUGCACCUUCACGAGAGAAUGCUGGAUCAAGGGUUUCGGUUUAAUGAAGUCACUUACGGGACCUUAAUCAAUGGACUCUGUAAGACCGGACACACAGCAGCUGCUAUUCAAGUGUUGAGAAAGAUCCCACUGUAUGGGAUUGUUCCUAAUGUCGUAAUGUACAGCUCAAUUAUUGAUAGUCUGUGCAAGGAUACACUUGUAAGUGAGGCUAUUCAUUUAUACCUUGAAAUGCUUGCUAAGGGAAUUUCUCCCGACGUUAUCACUUACACUACUAUAGUUGAUGGAUUGUGCCUUGUGGGUCAACUUAAGGAAGCCAUUGAUUUACUAAAUCAUAUGAUGCUGAAAAACAUUAUUCCAAAUGUUUGUACCUAUAGUACUUUGAUUGAUGGACUAUGUAAGAAAGGAAGAAUCAAAGAUGCUGAGAAUGUGUUUGCUAUUAUGAUAAAAAAAGGUGUGAAACCAGAAGUGGUUAUUUAUAAUAGUUUAAUGGAUGGAUAUUGUUUGGUUAAUGAGGUAGAUAAGGCAAAAUAUGUAUUCAGCACAAUGGCUCAAAGUAGAGUGUCUCCUGAUGUUUGGAGUUACAAUAUCAUGAUCAAUGGGUUGUGCAAAAGUAAAAUGGUUGAUGACGCCUUGAAUAUCUUUGAAGACAUGUGUUGCAAGAACCUGUUUCCUGAUCUGGUAACUUACAAUACCCUAAUUGAUGGCUUGGCAAAAUCAAGGAGAAUCGAUGAUGCUUUGGAGCUUCUUCAAAAGAUGCACGAUGAAGGUCAUCAUCCGGCUGAUCUAGUCACUUUCAACACUCUUAUAGAUGGCCUGUGCAAAAAUGGAAGAAUUAAGGAUGCAAAAGAGAUUUUUGAACAUCUUUCCACUAAAGUCUAUAAUCUAGACACUUGGACAUAUAAUAUUAUGAUUGGUGCAUUUUGCAAAGAGGGCCUCCUUGAUGAAGCAUUGUCAUACUUGUCAAAAAUGAAAGACAAUGGUUGCUUGCCAGAUGUUGUGACUUAUGGAAUAACCAUCAGUGCUUUACUUGAAAAAGGUGGCCAUAGCUCUAGUUGCUUUAAUCCUGCAAAUGCCUGAGAGGAUAAGUUGAGGGAGAGAGAACGGGAGCUCCGAAAAGGAAGGAAAGAGAAGAGCAUGAAAUGGAAAGGGUGUGGGUGAAAAUCCAAAGAAAGGAGGCAAUCACUUUUUUUUAAGCUUUACUUGUGGAGACAAUCAAAGACCCUUUGGUAUCACUUUCAUUCUAUAUUUGGUACCAUAAACUCUUCCACUAAUGGUACCUGAACUUAACAUGUGGACUUGGAGAUGUUGUUGGUUCCUUACCAAAGACUUUGGCUCAGCAUGGACAUAGAGUUAUGGUUGUAGCACCUUGAUAUGGUAAUUAUACCGAAGGACAAGAUAUGGGAGUAUAGAAAAGAAACAAAGUAGAUGGUCAGGACAUGGAAUUAUUAUAUUUCCAGGCUUAUACUGACGGUGUUGAUUUUGUUUUUAUUGACAAUCUAAUACUUAGCCAUAUAGAGAAUAACAUAUAUGGUGAAAACCGAGUGGCACCAUGGAUGGAAUCUAAGCAUAAGCUAGAAAAGGAUCGUCAAGGACGUGCAACUAAUCCUAAUCUAGAUCUAGCUGACACUGAAAAGAUCUUUCGGUAACAUAUCAAGAUGCUUUAGGAAGUAAGUGACUAUGAACUAUUUUGUGUGGGUUUUUCUUAGAAGUUAAGGCUCUCCGCAGUUUUUUGGUUUGUAAAAGAGUGUGCUUAUUGUAUGAAUCAGUAACAAUAUAUGCAGUAGUUGCAUCUUCAAUUUCAUGAUUUCCUUUUUAAUUUUCUGUUUUUACACAUUCAAACUUUUAUAUUAUAAUAUGGAAUUUUGUUAUUGCUGUUAAA